AUUGCUUCCUCAUCCCAUCUUCCUUUCUUUACGUGCAACUGUAAAAAUGUCCACCACCAGAAAACGGCUGACUCUAAACAACGUCACGGUGAGCUUAGGCUGCGGCAGCUACCGGCGACCCAAGCUCCUGAUAUCCCGUUUGUUUAACCCAAAUCACAGACCCAAGUCCGAAUCCAGCCGGAAACACACUACUAAUCACUACCGCUUCUCCUCCACUUCGUCCAGGCACCAGACAAAGGGGGAAACGGAAAUGGACGCCAACGACGGUUCGAUGAAAAUGGUUCGGGGAUUCGGACGAGUAGGAGGGGAGAGUGUGGCAGUGGAGAAGGAAUCUGAUGACCCGUAUCUGGAUUUCAGGCACUCGAUGCUGCAGAUGAUUCUGGAAAAGGAGAUAUACUCUAAGGACGACAUGAGGGAGCUCCUCAACUGUUUCUUGCAGCUGAACUCGCCGUACUACCAUGGUGUCAUCGUCAGAGCUUUCACUGAGAUCUGGAACGGAGUGUUCUCCGUCAAGCCGUCCGGUGGUUAGGUCUCGUGUGACCACUCAGGGCCGAACGGUUAGAGAGUAAAAUGUAAUUUUCUAUAUAUAAGGAAAAGGUUAUUUCCACGUCAGAAUUUACUGUAUUAGUAAAAACCCAUUUCCAUG